CUGUGUCCAGGCCCCCCCCCCCCCCCGGCGGGGCCGGCGGGCGCCAUGGCGUCCCGGCUGCUGGACCGGCUGAAGCGCUCGCUGUUUAAGGAGGGUCAGGGGGCGGAGCCCCAGCAGGAGCAGCCGGACCUGGACCGCUGGGAGGCGGAGCUGGAGGAGGAGGAGGAGAGCGUGGCCGAGCGGCUGGGGGGGACGCUGUGCUUCGACGGCGGGCUGGACGAUGGCGCCGAGGGGGGGGACAGCGACUCCGACACCCCCGGGGAGCCCAUGGAGGAGGGCCUGAGCAGCACAGAUUCCAGUCCAGUGGGCCCCCCCCCCUCCUCCCUGCUGGCCCGCCAGCUGCAGGACAGCUGGAGGAGCCUGCGUGGCGCCGGGGGCAGUGGCGGCCUGGUCCCCGCUGGGAGGCGGCCGCCGGACAGCCUGAUGUUCGAAGUGACGGACGCCACCGUGGUGAUGGACGGCUCCUCAAAAUAUGUGGUGAGCAGCAUCAUUCUGGACAUCUAUCCUGGUCCCCUGGUCCCCUGGUCCUCGUUCCUGAUCAGUCCUGGUCCUCUGGUCCUGGUUCUCAUUCCUGUCCUGGUCAUCUGUCCUGGUCCUCUGUCCUGGUCCUCUAUCCUGGUCUGUCCUGGUCCUUUUGUCUGGUCCUCUGGUCCCGGUCUUCUGUCCUGGUCGUCUCUCCUGGUCCUCAGUCCUGGUUCUCUGAUCCCGGUCAUCUGGCCCUCUGUCCUGGUCCUCUGGUCUGUCCUGCUCUACACCAUCCAUGUGAUCCAGUCUGGCGGCAGCGAUAAAACCCCGGCCGUCAUCAGCCGCCGCUACUCCGACUUCCAGAAGCUUCACGCCGCCCUGCGCCGUCACCACGGCGACCAGAUGGAGCGUGUCAGCUUCCCACGGAAGAAGCUGAGGAGGAACUUCACCUCCGAGACCAUCGGCAGGCGUAGCCGCGCCUUCGAGCAGUACCUGUCCCACCUGUGCUCCCUGCUCAGCCUGCGGGGGGCGCCCUGCCUCAGGGACUUCUUCUACCUGAGAGACCUGCAGGCCGGACAGCAGCUCAUCAGGGCCGGCCGGUUCCAGGAGGCUUUGGCGCCGCUGCUGAACGCCAAGAGGCUGCAGCACAGACUGGGCGGCGCCGGUUGCCCCGGCAGCCGGGCCGGCCCCGCCCCCCCGGCCUCCUCCCAUUGGCUGUUCACCCUGGCGGGGCUGAGCUGCUGCUUCCGGGAGGCCAACCAGCUGGAGGAGGCCCGGGACCACUGCGACCAGGCCCUGCGCCUGCUGGCGCCCGCCGAGGCCCCGCCUCCUCAGACAGGCCCCGCCCCCACGGACAGGCCCCGCCCCCACCCGCUGCUGCUGCCCCUGCUGCAGGCCGUGGUGCGGCUGUGCUGGCAGACGGGCCGGGCUAAGCGGCAGUGGGAGGAGCUCCUGCAGCAGCUGGUGGAGCAGCAGGGGGGGCUGGACCCCCGCCCCCCCUCCCUCACCGAGGCCCUGCUCAGCCACGACCUGCUGGAGGCCCACGGCGAGGCGGCGAGCGCCUGA